AGCAGAGGUGGGGUGCAGAGUGAGGUGGGCUGCAGCAUGGUGUCAGAGUUCCUGUCGAAGGUGGCUGUGGUCCUCCUGGUGCUGGUGUACAGCACACAAUCCGUCUACAUCCAGUACCAAGGCUUCCAGGUUCGCCUGGAGUCAGUGAAGAAGCUUGAUGACCUGGAGGGGAUGUGGGUGCCCAGUCACCACCCACAGGUGAACCUACAGGACCAGAGCCUCCUGCCCUCCAUGUGCCACCACCCAGCCCUGCCACUAGACCUCCAGCCCAUCUGCAAGUCCCAUGAUGCUGCCAGCAUCUUCCAAGCCCUGAGGACCAUCGCCAGCGAUGACUGUGAGCUGUGUGUGAAUGUUGCCUGCACUGGCUGCUUCUGAGAUGGCUCUGGGUGCCAAGCCCACCCUGGUUACCUCCACCCCCUAGUUUGCUGCCUUCACAGCCUCCCCUCCUAUCCAGACUCCGGAGGACCUGGACACAGAAGUCAUUGCCAUGUUUCUGGGGCCCAGGUGGUUGAACUUGGCACAGAGCCCGUGGGUGAGGGGUGAGAAGAGAGUCUGGUCCUGAGGGGAGGCUGCUGCUGAAUAAAGAUUCUCCACCAACA